UACAUUGUGAGCGACUCGGUGUGCCAUCUUCCACUUGUCGGCAGCAUCGGCGCGGCACCGAGUGGGCAGGGCAUGAUGAGAUUCACGACUGGAGACAUCUUGAUUCGCAAGGCGCAUCGAGGGAAGCUGCAAGAAGUCAUUUACUUGGUGAAAGACAUCUUUGUCGAUGUGAAUUACCGCAACCAGAAUGGAUGCACGCCAUUGCAUGCUGCUGCAGCGUCAGGUCAACUGGAAGUCGUUCAGUGGCUCCUCAACGUUCCUGAGAUGAAACCCGCCGUCGACGAUAGCGGUCAAACGGCGCUGCAUUACGCGGCGUUCUAUGGACACUUGGAAGUCGUGCUUGCGUUGGUGGAACACGGCAUCCCGUUGAACCUCAAGGACAAGUUUGGCCGCACGCCCCAUAUCGCGGCGGCACUGAAUGGCCACUUGGACGUGGUUAAAUUCUUGGUGGAAGAGUGGGUCCACCCCAUCGACAUCAACUCGAUCGACGAAUAUGGCGGGACGUGCUUGCAUUGGGCGGCGUCCAAGGGCCGGAAGGAUGUCGUGCAGUACCUGUGUAUGGCCGGUAUCGACAUCCAUGUCACGAGCUACGACAACCGCACGGCAUACCAACUGGCCAAAGACAAGCACAAGGGCAAGUGCAUGCAGUUCCUCAAGUCGUGGUAUGAUAUCUCCCAAAAAUUUGUGCACGCCGCCGAAGACGGCAACGACGACGAGAUCAAGCGCAUCAUCAUGGAUGUAAACCAUGCGUACCCAUUGCGCUUCCUCAAAGACAAGAACGGCAAAAACGCCAUGCACUGGGCCGCGGGGUCGGGGCAUUUGUCUACACUGCGCAUCCUCGCUGAGAGCUUUGACGUGUGGACCGACGUCGACAAGUUUGGCCGGAACGUGCUGCACUGGGCGGCCCUCGGUGGCCACAAGGACUGCGCGUUGUGGCUAAUUAAACACACGCGCGACCCGAACGCGCUUCAGCGGCCGACAUUGACAAACAAAACUCCGUCGCGCUGCGCGUUUGAAGCGGGGCAUAGUGCUCUGGCGUCCCGUUUGCAGGCAUGGGAAAAAGGCAAUGCUGAAUACGCCAUGCCCGACGACGACGUGAGUUCGUUCAAAUCCAAGGACCAGCGACCGUCUCCGAAUGCCCAGGUGUCGCAGAACCGAGACAUCAUAUCUGUACGCAACUGGUUGAAACAGCUCGAGUUGGGCGAGUACACGGAAUACUUUGAAAAGGACGGCUUCGACACGCUUCGCGGCGUCGCCACGAUCGACGAAGGCGACUUGAUCGAGAUGAACGUUAAAAAAGGUCACCGACGAGGAAUCCUUCAGCACAUUCAAGAGCUCAAGAACCAGUUGGCUGCGUACGACGAACAAGCGCAGAGCAACGGCGUCGAACCCGAUGCGCUGCCGACUCUGAGCAUGCUGCCGCAGCUCGUCAAGACGCCGAGCUCGACACAGCUCCAAACCCUCAUGAACCCAACAUCGCAAUCGUCGGGGUCGUCGGUGGAUGGCGCAACCAACGCCAACUAGUGUCGAACCCGAACGACCGAGCAAUGCAUACGUUAUUGUUGUUACGUCAUUUCAGCGCGUCGACUUGUCUGCAAAUGGACUGCACCCGGCCAUCGUGCAGUAGUUGUCGGCGAAUUCCGUCACGUCGGUGCUAAGAACAGUCGAGAUGGAUUGUCAUUGCCAA